AUGAAAAAGGAAUCAGAAGAAUUACUAUCACAGAUAUUAUUGCCAGAAAAAGAUGUUUCUGUCGAAUUAAAUACAGAAAGUACUUACAAUAUAGACAAUGCUAAAAAGAGCAAAGAAAACUUCAAAAAUUCACCUGAAGAACAGGCGAAAUCUAAUAACGAUCAUGUUGCUUCGGAUUCCGAUGCUACUUCAUCCUACAUUUCAAAUAUAUAUUAUGUUGGCUUCUAA